AUGGCAUCAGAGCUCGAAGCCCCAGCCAAAGAGGUCCCGCCCGCAGCCGACCCAAACGCUCCAGCUCCCGCGCCGUCGAAGCAGUCCGUCGACCCCUGGAAUGUGUCGGGUGAAGUUGGUGAAGAUGGAAAGGUGAAGGCGAUCGACUACAAAAAGCUCGUGGAGGAGUUUGGUACCAAGUUAAUCGACAAUGAGAUGCUGGAACGAUUCGAGCGAGUGACUGGCCACAAACCGCAUCGAUUCAUGCGACGGCAGAUCGUCUUCAGCGAACGAGAUCUCGGCAUCAUACUAGAUCGAUACGAGAAGGGCGAACCCUUCUUCCUGUAUACUGGACGUGGUCCCAGCAGUGACAGUAUGCACAUCGGACACACCCAGAUCUUCGACUUUUGCAAGUGGUUACAAGACGUCUUUGACGUACCCCUAGUCAUCAUGCUUACAGACGAUGAGAAGUUCCUCUUCUCCGAAAAGAGAACCGUCGAAGAAGUAAUAGGUUAUUCGCGAACGAAUUGUCAGGAUAUCAUUGCUAUAGGCUUCGAUCCUAAUAAGACAUUCAUCUUCUCCGACUAUGAGUUCAUGGGUGGAGCGUUCUACCGAAAUGUCACUCGAUUCGCGAAACUCGUCACAUACAACACUGCAAAGGCUACUUUUGGCUUCGACGAAAGCUCAAAUAUUGGCAAGAUUCACUUCACCAGCAUACAGGGUGCCACCGCAUUUGCAACUACAUUCCCGCACAUCUUUGGUGAAGAUGAGAAGAAGACGGCCGCUAUCCCGUGCCUAAUCCCCUGUGCCAUUGAUCAAGAUCCUUACUUCCGCUUGACACGAGACUGCGCUGCUAAGCUGCGAUAUGCUAAACCCUCCUUAAUUCACUCCCGCUUCCUCGACGCACUCCAAGGUCCUGGUUCCAAGAUGUCUGCCAGUAUUGAUUCUUCCGCCAUUUUCAUGAAAGAUACCCCCAAACAGAUUAAAGAUAAGGUCAACAAGUACGCCUUCUCUGGCGGCCAAGUAAGCGCAGAGGAGCAAAGAGAGAAGGGUGGAAAUCCCGACGUAGAUGUCUCAUACCAAUACUUACAGUUCUUUAUGGAAGACGAUGAGGAAUUGGCGAAAAUCGGACAAGACUACCGGGAAGGUAAAUUGCUCACUGGAGAACUCAAGGCAAUAUGCAUAAAGUACCUCCAGGAGUACGUCGCGGCGUUCCAGGAGAGGAGAGCAAAGGCAACGGAAGAGACAGUCAAGCUGUACAUGUCGGCGCGACCAUUGAAGUGGGGAGGAAACUCUAAGGUGCAGAGAAUUGUUCCUGUAGUAGAAGCGUCAUCGACCAAGCCUGAGGGUGAAGGUGGGGAUGGCAAGUUGACCAAGAACCAGCUGAAGAAGAUAGAAAAGGAAAAACAGAUAGCUGCUAAGAAAGCCGCCAAGGCCGCAGAGAAGGAGGCAGCUAAGACAGCUUCGUGA